AAGUAAAAUUAACAAAAAAUAAAUAUGCUAAAGUUCUCUCCAUACUGACGUUUUCUUUCUCCAUCGCUCUCUCUGUUUGACUCCUCGUGGCGAUGGGCAAUCCAGAAGAAGAAACCACCAACUCCAAACCCAUAUCUCCAUACGACGCCGCUUUACCAACUGAACCUCUCCUCUUCAAACCCUCGACCAGCUCCACCUACCCAUCUCCUCCAACCGAAGAACCAGCUCAACCAGACCCCGGCCAAUUCCUCCAGAUCUCUUUCAGUUACGGACCCAGACCUUUCAAAGACCUUCCUUUCCUCAUCCUCUUCCUUCUCUUAGUUCUCUGCACUUUCGCUUUCGGUAUUUUCUCAAUCUUCCAUCGAAACGCCAACUACUCUAACGUUUCAAGCUUCUCUUACUAUUCUAAUUCCACUUCUUGCGUUCAAGACACUUCCUUUCUGUCGAAUUCAAAUUGGGUUUUUGGAAGUUCGCUUUUUUUGUCUUCUAGGUCCAGUCUUUGGACAAACUUAAUAUGGACCCUUGUCAUAACUUUAAUUUUAAGUGUACCCAUUUGUUUUCUUUUGCUUUUUUUCCUCAAACAUUACACAAAGCAGAUCGUUUAUGUUUCGCUUCCUUUCUUUAUAAUCAUGCCGGUUUUCUUUGAUGUUUAUUGGUUCGUUGCUUGUACUUUGAGCUCUUCUUGUAGUGAUUCUUUCCCUUUGGUUUAUAGAAUUUUAGUGCUUGUUUUUGUUCUAUUGAUAGUUGGGAUUAUUGUAUGGAUCAUUGUGGUUAAUUGGCAUCGGAUCGAGUUGACUGUGAUGAUUAUUGGUGUUGCUUCUGAUGCGCUUUCAAGGAAUUUAGGAUUGUUUUUGGCGAUACCACUGUUGACCGUUGGAUUGGUGGUUUAUUACGCGCCAAUUGUUGUGUUCUUGGUGUUUGCUAGGUUUAAUGGGAAAAUUGUGGCUAAAGAAUCGAAUGGGGAGUAUACUUGUGUUUGGAAACAAGAUAGCUGGGUGCCUGCUUAUUAUACAUUGGCGAUUUUGACAAUGUUGUGGUCUUUGACUACAAUGGUGGAAGCUCAGGUUUAUGUGAUCAGUGGCACCAUUGCACAGUGGUACUUCUCCAAGGAUGAAAAGAAACCUAAGCGGAGUAUAAGAAGUUCUUUGAGAAAUGCAUUUGGUCCUUCCUCUGGCACCGUCUGUCUAUCUGGACUACUUAUUUGUGCAGUUCGAUUGGUGCGUGCUGCUGUUGAGAGUGCAAGUCAAGAAGAUGCUCCUGGGAUAGUGAAUCUUGUCCUGCGGUGUUGUGUUAGUGCCCUACUAUCCACAAUUGACUUUGUUAACAAAUUCACCAUCAACCUUGCAGCAAUAACUGGUGAGGCUUACUGCACAUCUGCAAGAAUGACAUAUGAGCUUCUAAAGCGUAACCUACUCUCUGCUGUUUUUGUGGAGACUGUAUCAACUCGUUUGUUAGGAGGAGUUAUUUUUGUCCUCUCAGCAGUUUACGCGAUUGUGGUAUGUGCUAUCUUAAAGGGUGUUAGUGAUCUAGGGGUUAAAGAAUACAUCGUCGCCGCCAUCGCAUGGGUGCUGCUACUCAUAGUUCUGGGUUUCUUUGUCCAUGUGUUGGACAAUGUGAUCGACACUGUUUAUGUCUGCUAUGCAAUCGAUAGAGACAGAGGAGAAGUGUACAAGCAGGAGGUUCAUGAGGUUUAUGUUCAUUUACCAACCAGUAGGAACAACAGAUCAUCAUUCCCUUCUAGAACUCUAGGUGUAUAGAGAUGUCCCUGUAAGUUUGUAACUUAAAAAUAAUGUGUCUUUGUUGAUUUAUCAUUUGAUUUUGUACCAGGUUGUUGACUGCCUAUUGGCAAAUUGUGU